CUUUCAUUCGUCGUUUAGUUAAGUCAUAUUAUAUUAUGUGCAAAAUUGUUAUUUUAGCGCAACUUUUUAAAUAAUUAUUGCUGAGUAAAACAGAAAAUUGUUUUUUUUUUCUUCAUUUUAAAAUUUAUUAUAAAAUAAAACGCUAAGUGAACGGGUUACGUUGUGCGGCCUGUGUGUGCUUAACUAUUGGUACAUUUCAAAAUGCGGUAAUCGCGCGAUGUAUUUAUUUUUCCUUUACUCAAUAAAUUAAAUCUCUUUGAAAUGAAAAUUAAUUUUUUUUUAUUUGAUCGGUUAUGUUCUUAGUUGACCGUUACGGAUUGCAUGUGGUGUGUUUGUUUGAAUUAUUUUUUUAAUAAAAUAUUUUUUUUUAAAUUUUUUUUGUGUUGCUGUCCAGUUAAACAAAAUUAAGGUUUCGCACCGGAUUCAGACAAAAAAAUAUUAUCGCAGAAGAAAGUGAUUUCGUUUUUAUCGGCGACAUUAACUGACAUAAAAAAGGUCUACACACCAUUAACACGAGAAAUUCAACAAAAAACAAAAAAUGUGGUGCAAUACGGAAAUUUGUACGGACAACAAGAGCUUUGAUAAGCUGUUGUAGACAACAACAAAAAAAAAUUAAUGUUCGCGUCAACACUUUAGUUAGUUUUAAUAUUUCAAUUAAAAGUGGUUGACGAAACUAAACAAACCUUCACGCUGCACAUUCGGUGUUUUGAAUUUAUAAAUCGCAAAAUUUUUCCAACAACUCAACAUGAAAGUGAUAAUUAGUGCACUAGCCACAAUAACGAUCGUAUUGAUUUCACCAAUACUCUGCGAAAUAUCCAACGGUGAAUCCGUUGAAAUACGACGAAUCGGUCACAAUGCCACCACCAUCGUCACCACAAACGCAUCAUCGAAUACGUUCGACACGCGUAAGGGUGGUGUCAAUUUGAAAAUGGACCACUCAUUCGCAACCGACAACAAUUACAACAUAACCAAUUUGAUUCGGAUCGGUGAUAUUUUGAAUGUGUUCCGGAUUGAGAAUAUUGGAGCGGCAUGGAGCUCGUUCCGGAAUCGGGUCAAUCAAAACUGUUCGCAUGAUUUAUUUGAUUAUAUCAAAGGGUUAGAAGGGGGCAAGAUGUGGGCUGUUAAAAUGGACGAUGCAUCUGGCCGGCAUAGUACUGGAUUCUUCUACGGCAAUAACUACUUUACCGGAUCAUUAUCAUUGUGUAUGAGUAUUCAUCGGACUGAUUUCCAUGAAGACACUUUUCAAAAAGAUGAGAUGCGUAAAGAUGGUCUAAGCCAUAGCGGCGUAUACAAUCCAUCAUCCAGUUCGAUUCCAUUUGAAAAUCCACCAUUUCUGCCCGGAUUUUUCGUCCUAAAAAUGCUAGUCAAUGCAACAUCAGUUGUUCCAGUGUCUCGCAUCGUUUACGUAGGCUUAUGUCUACCAUCUACAUGUAGCGACAAUGAUGUCAAAGUCAUGGGACACUUUUCACAAAAAUUGCAGUCCAAUCAACAAGUGACCAUAAUGACAGUCCGAUCGCCUACACAAACUCCUUAUAACUAUGCAGCGGACCGCACGUUCAUUAUUUUGGUUGUGGUCUCGUCAAUAGUUGGCGCACUAUUGGUUUGGGGAACGGUCUAUGAAUUGGUGCUAAGGCAUCAGUUGAAGCUGAGACGAAAGAAGAAAAUGACCAAGGAAAUAGCAUCGGAUUCGUCAUCUGGAAUCAAUUGUACGACGUACGAUCUAACAGAUGCAGUGCCCAACAAGAACGAUCUUCCCAUUGGCAUUGUUAUACCGCGAAAUAUGAACAACAAUAAUUCCGACGAGAAUUUGGCUGCCGAAUCGUCAGUUAUUUCUGAGUCUGAUGAUGUGAAAUUGAGUGUUUGGUCGGAACUUUUGCUGUCGUUUUCAAUUGUGACCAAUUUUAAUGCAAUUUGUGAUAGACGAGUUGGCAGCGAUACAAUUCCAUCUAUUCAUGGUCUCAGAGCCAUCUCUAUGGCUUGGGUUAUAUUAGGUCACACCUGCAUUAUCGUAUUCAAGUACUCUGACAACAUGGAGCUGAGGAAAGUUGUGGAAAAGGAAUUUCUAUUCCAAACCAUAACCAAUGGUGCGUACAGUGUCGAUACUUUCUUUUUCAUCAGUGGCUUCCUGGUGUCCUACAUCUACUUCCGCACGAAUGCCAAAGGCAAACUUGAGAAAUUGUCGCAAGGUGUCAGCGAAGUUACCGCCGGAACGUACCAUUUCUUUGGAUUGAUCUUUUACCGAUUUAUUAGAUUAACGGCACCGUACAUGUUCGUACUGGGAGUGGUGGAAGUGACAAUGAAAUACUCGGAACACCAUUCCGUGUUCGAACCGCCGACAUUGGAUCAUGUCAAUUGUCCGCAAUAUUGGUGGCGCAACGUACUCUACAUCAAUACACUGUUUCCGGUUGAAGACAUGUGCAUGUUAUGGAGCUGGUACCUCUCUGACGACACCCAGUUCUAUGUGAUAGGAGCGGUUAUUUUGAUCGUUGCAGUUCGACACUUCAAAGUAGCCUUGAGCAUGUUAGUGGUGUUUAUGCUAUCGUCAUGGGCGACAACGGGCUACAUAGCAUUUUCAUACAAUCACAGCCCGAACAGUGACGAUCCUCUUGCUUUGUUCGACAAAAUCUACGACAAACCGUGGACACGAUUGGGACCAUAUCUAAUUGGAAUGUGUGUCGGCUGGUUGUUGUUCAAAACGAAUUGCAAGAUUCGCAUGAGAAUGCCAACAAUCAUCACCGGAUGGAUAUUGUCUGCUGCCACUUUAUUGUAUCUAAUUUAUGGUUUGUACAACACCGAACUACCGCAAUUUUACGCGGCAGCGUUCAGUUCACUGAGCCAUUCGGCUUGGGCAGCAGCAUUGGCAUGGAUCGUUGUUGCAUGCUCAACGGGCUAUGGUGGAUACAUAAAUACAUUGCUGUCGGCUCCAUGCAUAUAUCCAUUUUCUAGAGUCACCUAUUGUGCGUAUCUAGUCCAUCCGAUUGUUAUUCGAUUGCUAGCUUUGAACAGUGAUGCACCGCUUCAUCUUGGAUCGGAUUCCAUGGUAAUCACAUUCUUCGGUCAAGUGGUCGCAUCAUAUAUUCUCUCGUUCAUCGUUUCGCUUUCCUUCGAAGCACCAGUGGUAACUAUGCUCAAAAUAAUGACACCAAAUCGAAAAAAACUUUUAGUUUAGUUCUUAUGUCUUAAGAUUAUUUUAUAUCCAGUCGGUCGAAAAACGUAAGAUUUCCACCCGCCCCCGGAAGGUAGUGAUGAAAACGGCUCUUUUCGUCCCACUUUUCAUUGGCUAUCUAUUAUUGCCCUUCGAGCGGAAUCAGCUUCUCGUUGUCCACUGCUCUUAGAGCAAAAAUAGUUUUUUUUUUACCCAGAAACGAAAUGAGCCUAUUUCAGACCUCCUUCUUCUCUUUAAUUAAUUUUGAUGAAAAAAAUAUUUAUUUUUUGAUCGAAAUCUACCUUAUUGGAUUGGCCGGAUGUAAAAAUAGCCGACGUGACUCGAGGGUCAAAUGGAAUGAUUUUGUCAGAUCUCGGCGUGAAGCUGUUGGAUCAUUUUUUACCUAUCUGGGGGUCGAAGUCAUUCCGCUUCAAUCCUUAGUCACAUAAUAUUUAAAAAAAAAAAAAAAAUUGAAAUUGCGUUACGAUUUUCUUUUGAAUUAAAUUAGAAAUUUUGUAAUGCCCAAAACGUUGUACAUAUAAAACCCUAGAAGCUAAACGAAAAACAUGAUAGUCGUAGCGUUCGUGAUUAUUUAUAGAAUUUUUAACCACAAAUGAAACGAAACUGUGAGUGAUAUUUGAUUGUUUGUUUUCUUUUUAAAUAAUAA